AUGGUGACCAAGAUGUGGAUUUUAUUAUUAUUUGCUCAGGUUUAUUCUCUAUGCUCAUUAAGACAAAAUUGUGUGCAACCGCCUUAUGACUGUCAAACUCCGUUUUCUGUUAACCCUCCUUCUCCUCCGUUUAUGGAAAACUUUACUGCUCCUUAUGCUUGUCCGAUGUUUUUAGGUCAAGAAGUUUGUUGUAGUCAAGAUCAAAAUGAAGCAAUGAAUUACAAGUUUUUUCUUUUAGAUGAAACUUUUGGCCAUUCUGUAGGUGGUUGUGAUAUAUGUGCGGCGAAUUUAAAAAAUUUGUGAUGCCACUUUACAUGCCACCCUCUUCAAUCUCAAUACCACGAGCAUUUUUAUGGUCAGGCUUUCUGAUCUUUCCUGGCAGGAAAGAGGAGAGUUAGUCGAGCUAACUAAUUUUGGUUUGGCCAACUCCUAAAUGGUAGAAACCCAGCGUUAUGUGUUUCUGUUACAUAGGGAGCUGGUCAAACUAAUGCUAGUUGGCUAUACUAACUCCCCUCUUUUCCUGUCGGGAAAGAUUCAAAAUCAGGAGCUAUACAGGUUCUCGGCUAUAUGUAAAAACUGGUGAACAAAAAUAUGUUCCUAGUCCUGUAGAGCCAACUCAGCUUGUUCUAGCUUUAUUAACAAAUUUUACUGUUACGAAUUCUCUAUCCUGCGAAAUAUACCAAUCUUGUCAAAAGUGCCCAUAUGUCACUGAAGUAUCUGCUAUGCAAAGCCCACAAGGAUUUUUAGAAUUUCAAGGGUAUGAAGGCAUCCCUAUAGGGUUGGUUUGAACUACCUUUUAUUUUUCAGAUGGCCCUGAUGCUUUGGAUUUGCAGUUUUUACCUUGCAGUGCAAAUGUAACCAAUGCAUACGGCUAUCAAGUUCAGCCCUGCUCUUGUAAUAAUUGUUUAAAUCAGUGUCAAGCGAACUAUUUAGUAGCUGCUCCUUCAACAUUAGAAGGGAUUGACUGAAUUAUUGUAGGAAUUGUGUAUUUAGUUGUUCUAGUGUUCACUAUGACGCUCUUUUUCUCUAAAUACGCAUGAUUAAAAUGAAGAAAAAACAAAUCUCGAAGAGAAGAAGGAAAUUCUAAUGGUAUUUAUCAAGAUUUAGCUCUUUCAAACUUAUAUUAUGAAUAA